AUGAAUUUUUUUAACGCGUCUGAUUAUUAUAUGAAUAAUAAUAGACCCAAUGAAUUAACAUCAACUUCAAAUUCAACUUCAAGAGCUACUCCAACUCCGACCCCAACUUCAACAAUUCCAGCUUCAACAAUUAAUCAAAAUGAACCAAGCUACCAAUCAUCUCAGUUAAUAUCAUCUAUUCCUACAAGUACUGCACGUGAAGGUAUUCAGCUAAAUUCACAAAGUAGAAGAAGUUUACAACCACAUCAUAAUCAACAUCAUAAUCAACAUCAACAACUACCUCAAUUGCAUCAACAUUUACAACAUAGUAUCAAUGAUCCAAAUUUAAGUACAGAAAGACUUGAGAAUGACGUAGCUCAGCAGGCUGUAGCUUUACAAAUUGCUCAACAACAUCAACAACAAUUACAUAAUCAACAAAAUUCUCAACUUCAUUCAAAUGAAUCAAAUACAACACAAUUCCAACCUCAAUUACAAAGUCAACGUAGUUCAUCAUUAACCAAAACAUCAUCAAACCCUUAUGGUCAACAAUUGCAACCAAGUCCAACAUCUCCAACAAUAUCAUCAUCAACCAAUCCAACCAAAAAACAUAGAGUAAAUAAACCAGGUAAAAAAUUUGGUGCCAAAAGAAGAUCAUGGGUAUGGCAGUUCUUUAUAAAUCCAGAUUCAGAUGAAACUGAUUCAGCUGAAUGUCAAGUUUGUAAAAAAACUAUACAAAGAUUACCAUCAGAUAAAGGAUCACCAAAGAAAUUAAGUGAACAUUUAAAAACUCAUAAAAUUACAAAAGAAUUAAUAGUACAACAACAAUCAACCACAGAAGGAUCUAGUCAAUCAAAAGAUAAUUGGAAGUCUAAACAUCUGAAAUCUAAACUAAAUCAAAUCUCAGAAGCACAAGAUGAAGAAGGAAAAUCAGCAUCAGAUAUAGAUUAUGAAGAAUUAGAUGAUGAAGAACUUGCUAAAUAUGAAAAAAAACCGUAUUCAGCAACAAGAUUUCAUAAACAUGUUUUACAAUUUUUAAUGGAAAAUAAAUUACCAAUUAGUAUCAUAAAUUCGAAUUCUUUUAAACAAUUAGUAUUUGAUUUAAGACCUUCUGUGAUAAAUGAUAUUAAUGCUCUAACUAAUUUAUAUGGAUCUAUAUUAAAAGUUAAAAGAUUUGGUGAUGGAACUGGUGGUGAUGGUGAUGAUAAUGAUGAUAAUGAAGAAUCUUUAAUAGAAGGUACUAGUGAAAAUGUUAUGAGAGGUAUAAGUGAUCAAUCAAAAUCAAAAAAGAGUUAA